AUGGGUUUGUAUCCACUACCUUUCCUGAACGCCUUUAGCUCCACAUUCUUUACUACCUUUCUCCUCCUCCGACCGAUAAUCGCCGGCAGCAAAUCACCUGUUGAGUACGAUUCGCAGCAUGCUAUCGCCGUCAACUGCGGUUUCCCCCGCAACUCCACAGCAUUUAACGGCAGACAAUGGGUUGGAGAAACAGAUUCUGCAACCAUACUUUUUCAUGGACCUGGAAGUCAAUCAGUCAGCCCUUACUCCAUUGACAACCUCCUCGAUCCGACUCCCUAUAUGACAGCUAGAGCUUCUCGGGCAUCAUUCACCUAUACCUUCCAUGUUGGUUCCGGCUACAAGUUCAUCCGCUUCCACUUCUACCCAGCUUCUUACUCUGGUUUCAAAAAGUCAAUGGCCUUCAUAACUGUAAAAUCAGGUCCGUAUACACUCCUCAACAAUUUCAGUGCUUUCCUAACAGCCGAUUCUCUCGGCCUCAAAUCCGUUGUAAAAGAAUUCACCCUUUAUGUCCCUCACGACGACGAACCCUUAUCAAUUACUUUCUCCCCCUCAAGAGCAAUCCCUUCUGAUGACGAGACAUUUGCAUUUGUAAAUGGAAUUGAAGUCGUUCCCAUGCCGCUGGGACUUUACUACACCAUGGAGGGAGAUGCAGAGGCUUAUGCUGUAGGGCAGAACUACCGACCUCCCAUCAGUCAAGCCACUGCAAUGGAGAUGGCCCAUCGGUUAAACGUUGGUGGCAGCUCACUUUCAUCUUCUCACGACACAAGUAUGUUCAGGGAGUGGACCAGUGAUUCAAACCAUCUCAUAGAAUCAAGUGUUUUACCCAUCACGUCAAUAAAUCGGAUCAAGUAUACAGAAAAAUCAAAAAACGGUGCACCACAACGACUGUACCAGACGUCUUGGUCUAUGAACAGAAAUACAAAAGUGAGUGAAAAAGUU